AUGGAUUUAGAUACUGAUGUUCCAAUGGAAGAUGUUAGUGAGGAUCAAUUAAAUCAAUCAAUAAAACCAGAUCAAGGCCAAUCUCUAACACAAACUAAUAAAAAAAAUGAUUUAAAUCAUGAAUCUAUUAAUCAAUUAGAUCAAUGGAUUGAAAAAUUAUCAAAUUGUGAACCAUUAUCAGAAAGUGAUGUUAAAAAAUUAUGUGAUUUAGCAAUUGAUGUUUUACAAUUUGAAGAAAAUGUUCAACCCGUUCAAGUUCCUGUUACUAUUUGUGGUGAUGUUCAUGGUCAAUUUCAUGAUUUAAUGGAAUUAUUUAAAAUUGGUGGACCUUGUCCUGAUACCAAUUAUUUAUUCAUGGGUGAUUACGUUGAUAGAGGUUAUUAUUCAGUUGAAACAGUUUCUUAUUUGGUUUGUAUGAAGGUUAGAUUUCCAAAUAGAAUUACCAUAUUAAGAGGUAAUCAUGAAUCAAGACAAAUUACCCAAGUUUAUGGUUUUUAUGAUGAAUGUUUAAGAAAAUAUGGUUCUGCUACCGUUUGGAAAUUAUUCACUGACUUAUUUGAUUAUUUCCCAAUUACUGCAUUAGUUGAUAAUAAAAUUUUUUGUUUACAUGGUGGUUUAUCUCCAAUGAUUGAAACUAUUGAUCAAGUAAGAGAAUUAAAUCGUAUUCAAGAAGUUCCUCACGAAGGUCCAAUGUGUGAUUUAUUAUGGUCCGACCCGGAUGAUAGAGGUGGAUGGGGUAUUUCUCCAAGAGGUGCAGGUUUCACUUUUGGUCAAGAUAUCUCAGAACAAUUUAAUCAUACUAAUGAUUUAAGUUUAAUCGCAAGAGCCCAUCAAUUGGUUAUGGAAGGUUAUUCUUGGUCUCAUCAAGAAUCAGUAGUCACCAUUUUCUCGGCCCCAAAUUAUUGUUAUAGAUGUGGUAAUCAAGCUGCUAUAAUGGAAGUUGAUGAAUCUCAUCAUAGACAAUUCUUACAGUAUGAUCCUUCAGUAAGACCUGGUGAACCAACCGUCACUAGAAAAACUCCUGAUUAUUUCUUAUAAUGGGUUAAUUGUUUUGAGUUUUUCAUUCGAUUCUUUCACUCUUCACUUUGCUACUUUUUUUUUAAUAACCCAACAUGACCUCCUUCUUUUUUGCUUUUUUGUUUGCCUUGUUCCCGUUGUUUUGUUCUUUUCUUUCCUUUCAUUUAUUAAUAAUUCUGCUUUCAUAAAAAAUUG